AAGGCGUGUGCGGUCGCGACUGGAUUGAUUAUCAGCUGGCAAACGGGUUCAGCACAUAUAAUUCGUCUUAGCGUUCCUCGUGCCCAGCAUUGCAGCGGUCUCGAACCGCUCAACUUGACCUACUGCAGCCUACUGCAGCCUGCAUGCUGCAGAGAAUAGCACGAAUGCAAAGCUAGCACGCAUGGCACCUAUACUACUCCUAGCAUUACCAUGCGCCGCCGCCUCGCUGCGCGCCCAGAUCCUCGCCGCGGAAUUGAAGCGGGAGGCGCCGUACCUCGCGCGGCCCGACGGCAUGCAGGCAGCACUGCGGCCGCCGGCCGACGAAGACGCGGUGGGCGUGGCAGUGGUCGUCGACCCGCUCUGCGACUACCUGGGCGUCGCGCUGAUUGAGGAGUUGCUGGAACGGGGCGUCGCCGUCGCGACCAUCUUCUCCGACUACAUGGCGGAGGGCCUGGCCGCCGCCAACGGCGUCGAGCCGCCCCUGGGACUGCUCGCGCCCCGCACUGAUGGCGAAGAGUGGCUCUCAGGGGCCGCGCCGCCGCUCGCGUGCCUCUCGGAGAGCGACGCGGGCAUCGCGACGGCCGAGCAGCUAUCAAACCUUCUAGGUUGCGAGUUCCGCAACGCCGUGGGUCCUUCUAGAAGACACAAGUGGCUGCUCCACGAGACGCUGCGCGAGCAUAACUUACCGCACUGCCGCCAGGCACUUUGUGAAACUGAAGACGAGCUCGUGGCGUUUUAUCGCGCCGAGAGGAAUGCGAUCAUCGUCAAGCCCUGCCGCGGCGUCGGCUCCGAGGACGUCUACAAAUGUUGUGACGAAGAGGCCUGUGCCGCCGCGUUCGCCGCGUUGCGAGCGACGACGCGCUACGCGGGCGGCUCGAAUGAUGUGAUACUAGCGCAGCAGUUUUUGGAAGGCCCCGAGUACGCUAUUGAUUCUGUGUCGCGGCAUGGCGAGCACAAGGUCACGGCUCUGUGGAGGUACGACAAGGUCGGGUUUGUCUACCAAUGUACAAGGUUGGUCCCCGUCGACGGCGCGACGCGGCCAAUAAUCGAUUCACUGAUAGAAGCAUUGGACGCGGCGGGCCACGCGAACGGGCCCGCGCACUCGGAGCUCAUUGUUGUUGAUGGCGUCCCGACGCUCGUCGAGAUCAACGCAAGAUUUCACAACGCCAACGUGCGGCCACUCGUCGAUAGAUGUAUAGAGGGCCCGAACGCCAUCGCAUUAGCAGCGGCCGCGUGCGUGCCCGAUUCCGAGGAGUGGGCGGCGACCGCAUCUACACCAACGAUGGUGGAAGACGGGCUGCUGUUCCACAUUUCCUGUCUCUCUAGUGGUGUUUUGAGUGGCAUCGACGCCGACGCCCUAUCCACUCUCGAAAACCUGCCGACUUUGGUGGAAAUGGAGGUCUACGAGAGUUUUAGGGAGGGCGAGGAGGUCUCGGCCACGACCGACAUCAAGACGGAUGUGGGCUGGGUUUUACUGGCAGGGACUGCGGACGACGUCGAGCGGGACUACGCGGCAUGUAUUGAAGCGCAGGCGCGGCUUCUUAAGUAUAGGUGA